AUGUCUUUCUUCUUCAUAGGUUUAACAAUGAACAGGUCGGCAACACACAUUCACACUGUAACUGAGUUUGUUCUCCUGGGAUUCCCUGGUUGCUGGGAGAUACAGAUUUUCCUCUUCUCACUCUUUUUGGUGGUUUAUGUCUUGACCUUGCUGGGAAAUGGAACCAUCAUCUGUGCAGUGAGAUGGGACCCACGACUACAUACCCCAAUGUACUUUCUGCUGGGAAACUUUGCCUUCCUUGAGAUCUGGUAUGCUUCCUCCACUGUUCCUAAUAUGCUAGCCAACAUUCUCUCCAAAACCAAGGCCAUCUCAUUUUCUGGCUGCUUCCUCCAGUUCUAUUUCUUCUUUUCCCUGAGCACAACUGAAUGUCUCUUCCUGGCAGUAAUGGCUUAUGAUCGGUACCUGGCUAUCUGCCACCCACCGCACUACCCCACCAUCAUGACUGGGAAACUCUGUAGAAUUCUGGUGUGUCUCUGCUGGCUUAUUGGAUUCCUUGGCUACCCGAUCCCCAUUUUCUUCAUCUCCCAACUCCCCUUCUGUGGACCCAAUAUCAUUGAUCACUUCCUGUGUGACAUGGACCCACUGAUGGCUCUGUCUUGUACUCCGGCCCCCAUUACUGAAUUUAUCUUCUAUACUCAGAGCUCCCUUGUUCUCUUUUUUACUAUUAUGUACAUUCUUUGAUCCUAUAUCUUGUUGCUCAGAACUGUUUUUCAGGUCCCUUCUGCAGUUGGCCGGAGAAAGGUCUUUUCCACCUGUGGGUCUCACUUAGCUGUGGUGUCACUUUCUUAUGGGACAGUCAUGGUAAUGUAUGUGAGUCCUACAUAUGGCAUCCCAACUUUGAUGCAUAAGAUUCUCACACUGGUAUAUUCAAUAAUGACUCCUCUCUUUAAUCCCCUGAUCUAUAGUCUUCGCAAUAAGGACAUGAAACUUGCCCUGAGAAACAUCCUGUUUAGAAUGAGAAAACUCUUGAGCCAAAGAUGUCCAUACUUCCAAAUUUUAAUGAUGAGUAAGUUGGAGAUGUAUAAAUUUUUAAUGGCCUUUUAG